UUUUCCCUCUCACUCUCAUUCUCUCUUGCUUUCUCAGUGUAAGACUCACAGAAAAUGGCUGAGGCUGGUAUUUUCACAGAUCAGGAUCAGUUCAGCUGUCCAGUGUGUCUGGAUAUCCUGAAGGAUCCAGUGACCACUCCCUGUGGCCACAAUUUCUGUAAGGUGUGUAUUAAUGGCUUCUGGGAUAAAGAAGAUCAGAGGAGUGUGUACAGCUGCCCACAGUGUAGAGAGACGUUCAGUCCAAGGCCUGCUUUACGCAGGAACAACAUGCUGGCUGAGGUGGUGGAGGAAAUGAAGAAGACUGAAAUGUCUGUGAAAUGUGAUUCCUGUAUUGGGAGAAAACGCAAAGCUGUUAAUUCCUGUCUGGUUUGCUUGGCUUCAUUUUGUGAAGAUCAUCUUAAACCUCACUAUCAGUCUCCUGCCUUUAAAAAGCACAAGUUAGUUGAAGCCUGUGCAGAGCUCCAAGAGAAGAUCUGCUCUGAACAUGACAAACUGAUGGAGAUCUACUGUCGUACUGACCAAAGCUUCAUCUGCUACUUGUGUACGAUGGAUAAACACAAAGGUCAUGAUACUGUUGCAGCUAAAGCAGAAAGAACUAAAAAACAGAAUGAGCUAAAGGGGGAGCAGAUGAAAUCCCAGCAUAGGAUCCAGGAGAAGCAGAAGAAGGUGCAGGAGCUGAAACAGACUGUGGACAUUAUUAAGAGGCGUUCACAGGCAGCAGUAGAUGACAGUGAGAGGAUCUUUACUGAGCUGAUCAGCUCCAUGGAGAAAAAGCGCUCUGAGGUGAUGGAGCUGAUCAGAAGUCAGGAGAAAGCUGAAGUGAGUCGAGCUGAACGACUCCUGAAUCAACUGGAGCAGGAGAUUGCUGAUCUUAAGAGGAGAGUCACUGAGCUGGAGGAGCUUUCACACACACCCGAUCACAUCCACUUCCUCCAGAGUUUCCCAUCUCUAUGUGUUUCUCCUGGAUGUGACGACUCACCCAGCUUCAUUCUCAAUCUCUCAUUUGAUGAAGUGAGGAAAUCUCUCUCAGGUCUGAAAAAACGAGUCAACAAAAUCUGUGAGCAGGAAUUAAACAAAAUCCGACCACAAGCUGCAGCAGCUCAGAAACAUUUAUUCUCAGAACCAAAGAGCAGAGAAGAUUUUCUGCAGUAUUUCUGUUAUCUGACUCUGGAUCCAAACACAAUACAUCCUGAACUCGUUCUGUCUGAGAACAACAGAGUGGUGACGCACAGAAUGACAAAACAGCGAUACUUUGAUCAUCCAGAGAGAUUUGACUGCAGGCCUCAGGUGAUGUGUAUGGAGAGUGUGUGUGGACGCUGUUACUGGGAGGUGGAGUGGAGCGGUGAUGUCGACAUAUCAGUCUCAUAUAAAGAGAUCAGCAGGAAAGGAUGGGGAAAUGAGUGUGGGUUUGGAUUCAACAGUCAGUCCUGGAGUCUGCAGUGUUCUUCUUCCUCGGUCUUUUUCUGGCACAACAACAUUAAGACUGAGCUCCAAGGUCCAGCAUCCUCCAGAAUAGGAGUGUAUGUGGAUCACAGUGCAGGAACUCUGUCCUUCUACAGUGUUUCUGACACGAUGAGGCUCCUCCACAAAGUCCACAGCACAUUCACUCAGCCUCUAUACGCUGGGUUCUGGAUACAGAGUUAUGAUUUAUCUAUUUCUUUGUGUGAUCGAACAUAAAAUGUUAUAAACGUAAACAUGAAAUGUAAAUGGGUUUAGUGAAAUGAAAUCUACAGUGACAUUGCUGUGUCCAGAAACUUUAACACUAAACAAUUAUAGAUUUCUAUUCACAAAUAAUUUACAUAAAUAAUCUUUUAUCCCAGAAUGUAGAAUGUUUGCAGAACAAUGAAAUGCUAUUAACUCCUUUUACAAUAUUUAGUAAUAUGAAGUAAUAUGAAAAAUGUACUAUGAUUCCAAAAAUUGUGUGUAUUUUUUUGUUUCUUUUCUGAAGUUUUUUGAAAUAAAACUUUCUCAGACUGC